CAUGAGGAGCAGCCCUAUCGGCCAAUAGAGGCAGGCAGAAGUUGAUGGGCGGGGACUCCACGAAGCCUCUCUUUUUCAGCACCCUCAGGGGGCGAUCCUGUGAUGGUGCCGCUGGGGUCGCAGAUAUCAAACUGCUUCCAUGACUGGAUAAAUGGAAACUCCGUGAUUUUUAGUUAAGAGCUGACAAGGGGUUGUUCUUGGGCUUAGUUCUUUGGAGCAUACUCUUUGUAUUCUUUGCACAAGUGUUCCUGCUUUUAAAACCUGCACUGAAGUUUUAAAAAUGAAGCAGUUGAAAAGGAAAAGGAAAAGCAACUUUAGUGUUCAGGAAACUCAGACCCUUUUGAAAGAAAUUACCAAAAGGAAGGAAGUAAUUUUUUCCAAGCAACUCAACACAACAAUAAAUGUGAUGAAGCGAAUGGCCUGGGAGGAGAUUGCACAGUGUGUAAACGCUGUAGGAGAAGGCGAACAGAGGACAGGGACUGAGGUGAAGAGACGGUAUCUUGACUGGCGUGCACUCAUGAAAAGGAAGAGAAUGAAGGCCAACAUGAAGCUGGUUGGUUCUGGGUUUCCUCUUCCCACAUCUGAUUUAGACGACUCUCUCACUGAAGAGAUAGAUGAAAAAAUUGCAUUCCGAAAUGAUGCAAAUUUUGACUGGCAGAAUGUGGCAGAUUUCCGAGAUGCAGGUGGAUCCCUAACAGAGGUCAAAGUGGAAGAGGAAGAAAGGGACCCGCAAAGCCCAGAGUUUGAGAUUGAGGAAGAGGAAGAAAUGUUGUCAUCUGUCAUACCAGAUUCCAGGAGGGAAAGUGAGCUCCCUGACUUCCCUCACAUUGACGAGUUUUUCACUCUCAAUUCCACACCGUCCAGACCUGCAUAUGAUGAGCCUCAUCUGCUCAUGAAUAUAGAGAAACAGAAACUGGAGCUGGAAAAACGCCGACUGGAUAUUGAGGCAGAAAGGCUGCAGGUAGAAAAGGAGCGGCUCCACAUAGAGAAGGAGCGCCUGCGCCACCUGGAGCUGGAGCACGAGCGCCUGCAGCUGGAGAAGGAGCGACUGCAGAUGGAGAGGGAGAAGUGGAGGCUGCAGUUGGUUAGCGCCGAGAAACCCGCCCUAGAGAACGAUCUCGGCCAGGGGGAGAAGUCCAUACUACAGCCACAGGACGUAGAAGCGGAGAAGUUGAAACUCGAGCGAGAGCGCCUGCAGCUGGAGAAAGAUCGGCUGCAGUUUUUGAAGUUUGAGUCUGAGAAGCUGCAGAUUGAAAAGGAGCGCUUGCAGGUGGAGAAGGAGAGACUGCGAAUUCAGAAAGAAGGGCAUUUGCCUUGACUGUCCUCCAUCCUCUGCUUAGCAAAGGUUUAUGAACUGUAGCUUUCCUCAUCAGUCAAUGUCAAGGUAGUUGGUGGAUUAGCUACCCCAUCGCCACCCCUGUCUGAUGUUAGUGUUUUUAGUAGAAAAAAAGAUAGUAACACAUAGGUAGCCAUGUGGUUCAAUAGUAUAUUGUAUAAGCUCUGUGCCCACCAUAAACAAAUAGCAGAGGAUCUGCUAGACUCUUUCAUAAUAGUAACACUGCAUAGAGUCCUGUCUUAUUUGUGCACCCCAAGUUUGCAGUAAUAUCUACAGUGAAGGUCCUAUCCAGUGAUUCUCAAGUGGAGUUUGGGCUCCCAGAUGACAUUUGGGAUUGUGGGGAGAUGUUUUUUGGUGGACAAAGUAGAUGGGUGUGGGCUGCUACUGACAUCAGUAGAGGCUACAGGCUCUGCUAAAUACAAUGUAAUGCCUGGCUCUCCUCUUCAUAGGAAAGAAUUACCCAGCCAAAAGUAUCACUAGUACCAAGUUUGAGAAACCUAUCCCUGGCCUAACUGUGCACCUACAGUUUUGGAAUAUUAAAGCUUCAGAUAUUUAUGUGCAUAGAUAUUUAAAUGACCAAAAGCAUUUUAACUGUAAGACAUUACUGUGUAGUUUAUUGAAUAUAAGGAGUGGUGGAGAUUGUAGGUACUUUAUUUCCAUGGUGUUGUCUAUCAGUAGACUGAGACUUAGAAGCAAUCCUGGGACUCUCUGAGAUUGUAUAAAGUGAAUCACUUUGAAAGGCCGUCCCCCCUCAAGAAUGAACACACAAUUGGAAAGCUUCAGUUCCCCCCUCUUUAAAUCUGUUGUUGUAGUUUGAAUAGAGAACUUGCCAUUUCAAUUGUACACUGAACUGUUAUGUAAGAGAGUGGCAGAACCUGGUAAAAAUCACACCAGUGCCGAAUGGCGACAGUAGACCAUGAUGGUGACCCAAUAAAUUGUGGAUUGAUUUUUUUUUUAAAGUGAAGAAUAGUCAUUUGAGACUGAGAGAUGGGGGAAAUGCCCUCUGCAUCAGUAAAAUGGUGUUGAAAUGAUAGAAUUAGCUGUGUGUUAUGGUUAGGGGAAUUAUUUGCUUAACUUAAUAUCUAUAAAAAUAUGAAAGGGUAACUUCUUACUUUAGAAUCUGAAGUUCAGAGACAUCCUGCAGUAAGUAAGUGACUGAUUUUUAUACAGCAGUAUAUUUUUGUCUCUGCCCCUUUCAGAAUGAUUAAACUUUUGAAUUCUGAAAGUAAAGGGCCUGCUGAUUUGCCUGCAGUGUCCUGACAGUGGUUUAUCACAGUAACAUGCUUUCUCUGCAUAAUGAGCUGGAAAUGGCUGCACAAGUUCACUUUGUGUUUUCUGUUUUCUAAGACUGAAAGCUUUAAUACAACUCUUCUGUUGACACACUACUUUGGUUCUGUAUUUGUUCCUCAUUAAUUUAUGAAUGGCUAGAAAUCAUGUUUGAAUAUGGGUAUGUAGAGGGAAAACAUACCUGUAAUUCCUUAUCCUGAUUUUGAAAUAGUGUUAUUUUUUUAUAAUUCUAUUAAAAGCUUCUACCUUAGAAAGAAA